AUGGACUCAAUCUGGUUAUCUACCGUUGGAUCUCGUGCUGGAUUUGUAGCUUUACUGUUUAUACUAUUCUCUUGCUCAACGUUCACUUCCACAGAAGCUUAUGAUCCGUUAGAUCCAAAUGGAAAUAUUACACUCAAAUGGGAUAUUAUUAGUUGGACCGCUGAUGGUUAUGUUGCUGUUGUUACAAUGUACAAUUUUCAACAAUAUCGCCAUAUUCAAGAGCCAGGAUGGACAUUAGGGUGGACAUGGGCUAAAAAGGAAGUAAUUUGGAACAUGAUGGGAAGCCAAACAACAGAACAAGGAGAUUGUUCGAAAUUCAAAGCAGGAAUUCCACAUUGUUGUAAGAAGGAUCCAACUGUAGUUGAUUUGUUACCAGGAACACCUUACAACCAACAGAUUGCAAAUUGUUGCAAAGGCGGUGUCUUGAAUUCGUGGGCUCAGGAUCCAGGCAACGCAGUAAGUUCUUUUCAGGUUAGCGUUGGUUCUGCUGGAACAACUAAUAAAACAGUUAAGCUUCCAAGAAAUUUCACCCUCAGAGCACCUGGUCCUGGUUAUACUUGCGGUCCUGCUAAAAUUGUCAAACCAACUCAGUUUAUUACCAGUGACAAGAGGAGAGUCACACAAGCCUUGAUGACAUGGAAUGUUACCUGCACUUAUUCUCAGUUCUUGGCUCAAAAGACACCGACUUGUUGCGUUUCACUCUCAUCCUUCUAUAACGACACAAUAGUAGACUGCCCAACCUGCACCUGUGGCUGCCAAAACAAAACACAACCUGACAGUUGUGUAAAUCGAAACUCUCCGCAUUUAUCUUCAGUUGUAUCAUCAUCGGGAAAACCUUUAAAUACACCUCUAGUCCAAUGCACAAGUCACAUGUGUCCGAUUCGAGUGCAUUGGCAUGUGAAACUAAAUUAUAAAGAGUAUUGGAGGAUCAAGAUCACAAUCACAAAUUUCAAUUACAGAAUGAACUACUCACAAUGGAAUCUUGUGGUGCAGCAUCCCAAUUUCGAUAAUCUUACUCAGCUUUUCAGCUUUAAGUACAAGUCCCUAAAUCCCUACGAGGGCUUAAAUGAUACAGGUAUGCUUUGGGGAGUGAAAUUCUACAAUGAUUUUCUCUCAUCAGCUGGAUCAUUAGAUGCUUAUCCUUGGUCACCAAAUGCAUCUUCAACACUAGUUUUCUCUUUACUUACUACACUCAUAGCCACUUUAGCUUCUUUGUUAAUCUUAUCGAGUUUAUCAUAG